GUGGUUGAAGAAUCUGUGUGAUGCUGUGGAGGAGGCGGGGCUGAGCUGAGCUGGAGUGGAGGUCGCAUGUCACAGCAGUAGUAAGAGGAUUACAUGAGGAGGAGGUUUUAGAUUGCCAGGCAGACACGCCAUAUUACACCUCUCCUAAAUACAGAAUGACAAUAUGGCCGGCAAAAUACACCCUCCCGGCCCUGACAGCCUGCGACGAUUUACCAAAGAGAGCCUUGCAAAAAUAGAAAAGGAAAUUGAAGAGGAAAAGAUUCGGAAAGAGAAACAUAUUGAAGUUCUUGAUGAAGUGAUACUAAAACCUAACAAUGGCCUGGAGGCUGGGAAUAAUCUUCCACUUAUUUAUGGAGAUCCAUCACCGGAGCUUAUUGGGGUCCCCCUGGAAGAUUUGGAUCCUUUUUACAGAACCCAAAAGACAUUCAUUGUCCUCAAUAAGGGCAAAUCAAUAUUUCGGUUCUCUGCAACAAAAGCCAUCUACCUGCUGGACCCUUUCAAUCCUUUAAGAACAGGAGCUAUUAAAGUUCUGAUCCAUUCAAUAUUCAGUUUUUUUAUUAUGAUAACAAUUUUGACAAAUUGUGUUUUCAUGACCAUGAGUGACCCACCGCCCUGGUCCAAAAAUGUGGAGUACACAUUCACAGGCAUUUACACUUUUGAGUCUUUGAUAAAGAUCUUUGCCCGGGGGUUUUGCAUCGACAAUUUUACAUUCCUCAGGGACCCAUGGAACUGGCUGGAUUUCUGUGUCAUUGUAAUGGCCUAUAUCACAGAGUUUGUAGAUCUGGGGAAUGUGUCGGCUCUCAGGACAUUCCGUGUCCUUCGUGCACUUAAAACAAUCACUGUAAUUCCAGGCUUGAAGACCAUUGUAGGAGCCCUUAUUCAAUCGGUAAAAAAGCUGUCGGAUGUGAUGAUCCUCACCGUCUUCUGCUUGGCCGUCUUUGCACUAAUCGGUCUUCAGCUGUUUAUGGGAAAUUUGAAACAGAAGUGUGUUUACUGGCCUCCCCCUGAAGAGGCGGUUGAAUAUUACAGAAACUUGACUAUAAGUUCUAUGGUAUUUGAUGACAACUCAACCUUAUACAAUGACACCGACAUGUUCACCAACAUAUCCAUAGACUGGUCUCAAUACCUCAAUGAUGAGUCUAACUUUUACCGCUUGGAAGGAGCACUGGAUGCUCUUCUGUGUGGAAACAGCAGUGACAGCGGGAAAUGCCCAGAGAGCUAUACGUGUAUAAAGACCGGAAGAAAUCCCAACUAUGGGUACACCAGCUACGACUCAUUUAAUUGGGCCUUUUUGUCACUCUUCAGGCUGAUGACACAAGACUACUGGGAGAACCUGUUUCAGCUGACCCUCAGAGCUGCGGGUAAAACCUACAUGAUUUUCUUCGUUUUGGUAAUAUUCCUGGGCUCGUUCUAUCUCAUCAACCUUAUUCUGGCUGUGGUGGCCAUGGCUUAUGCCGAGCAAAAUGAAGCCACCAUUCAGGAAGCCUUAGAUAAGGAGAAAGAAUUCCAAGACAUGCUGGAACAGCUAAGAAAACAUCAAGAAGAGCAGGGUCAAAGGAAAGCCAGCAUGGCCUCUGUGGGGCUUGUCAAUGAAGAUUUAGCAGAUGAAGACAGAGAGAAGAUGGACUGUAAUGGACGAGUGAUACCUCGAGUGGUGAUAGAAAAUGCUGAUCCUGUAGAAGACGAUGCCAGCACUGUAAAGACUGAUCUUGAGAAGAACUCCAGGAACUAUUUGGAAGAACCAACAUUGCUAAAGAAGACGGGCAGUUCUAUUAGUGUCAUCUCUGAGGCCAUGAUAGAAGAACUAGAGGAGGCUCAGCAGGCAUGUCCGCCAUGGUGGUACAAGUUUGCAAACACUUUCCUGAUUUGGGACUGCUGUAAACCCUGGGUGCAGUUUAAGGAGUGUGUGAAGUUUGUGGUCAUGGAUCCUUUCGUAGACCUUGGAAUCACUAUCUGUAUUGUUCUCAAUACACUUUUCAUGGCUAUGGAACAUUAUCCAAUGACUGAACAGUUUGAGAAUGUGCUAUCUGUGGGAAAUCUGGUUUUUACUGGCAUUUUUGCAGCUGAAAUGUUCUUCAAGCUGAUUGCUUUGGACCCAUAUAACUACUUCCAGGUCGGAUGGAACAUCUUUGACAGCAUAAUAGUGACCCUGAGCUUGGUGGAACUUGGCCUGGCCAAUGUGGAAGGUCUGUCAGUGUUGCGUUCUUUCCGUCUGCUUAGAGUCUUCAAACUUGCUAAGUCUUGGCCCACGUUAAACAUGCUCAUCAAAAUCAUUGGUAACUCAGUGGGUGCCCUUGGGAAUCUGACGCUGGUUUUGGCCAUCAUCGUCUUCAUCUUUGCAGUGGUGGGAAUGCAGCUUUUUGGGAAGAGCUAUAAAGAGUGUGUUUGCAAGAUCAACUCCGACUGUGUUCUCCCUCGGUGGCACAUGCAUGAUUUCUUCCACUCCUUCCUCAUUGUCUUCCGGAUUUUGUGUGGAGAGUGGAUUGAGACCAUGUGGGAUUGUAUGGAGGUGGCGGGACAAGCCAUGUGUCUCGUGGUAUUCAUGAUGGUUAUGGUGAUUGGUAACUUAGUGGUAUUGAACCUGUUCUUGGCUUUGUUGCUGAGCUCCUUCAGCGCUGACAAUCUCGCGGCCCCUGAUGAUGAUGGGGAGAUGAAUAACCUACAGAUUGCAAUAGGAAGGAUCACUAGGGGCAUCGACUUUGUCAAAAAAACUGUAAUUUCGUUGUUACCAAUUAAGAAAAAGGACCAGAAUAAGGAGGAAGAUGGGGAUAAUAUUGAGGAUGUAAAUAAAGAGAGUUUUGCUCUAAACCACAUAGUUAAUGAAGAGGAGCCCAAUCCUGAAAGUCCAGUUGUUGGUGGCCCAGUGAAAAAGCCACGGUACAUUAUGACUGAGUUAGAUCAUAUCAAUCUGAUCAACAACCCCCACUACAGGAUAGAAGUGCCUAUAGCAUCGGAAGAGUCGGAUUUCGAUUUUCCCGAUACGGAUGAGGUCAGCACUCAGUCGGAGUUUGAGGAGACAAUAAUAAAACCCAAGAAGAAACUUUAUGAUGGUUCUUCAGUGUGCAGUACAGCAGAUUAUAGACCUCCAGAGCCAGAGGAAGAGGAAGAAGCCUUAGAACAUAAAGAAGAUGACGGCCCUGAAGAAUGCUUUACAGAAGCGUGUGUACGAAGAUUUCCAUUUCUGUAUGUUGACAUCAAAACCGAAAAGGGAAAGCUUUGGUGGAACAUUCGCAAAACCUGUUUCACUAUAGUUGAACAUAACUGGUUUGAAAGCUUUAUCAUCUUCAUGAUCCUGCUCAGUAGCGGAGCCUUGGCAUUUGAGGAUAUCUACAUUGAACAGAGAAAAGUUAUCAAAAUUAUAUUGGAAUAUGCUGAUAAAGUCUUCUCUUAUGCAUUUGUGAUUGAAAUGUUGCUAAAGUGGGUGGCAUAUGGCUUCAAAGUUUAUUUCACGAAUGCUUGGUGCUGGCUGGAUUUUCUCAUUGUGGAUGUGUCUUUGAUCAGUUUGACUGCCAACUGGUUGGGUUAUUCUGAACUUGGAGCCAUCAAGUCCCUAAGAACAUUGAGAGCCCUCAGGCCAUUGAGAGCUUUGUCAAGAUUUGAAGGCAUGAGGGUUGUGGUCAAUGCCUUGUUGGGCGCCAUUCCUUCCAUCAUGAAUGUGCUGUUGGUUUGUCUAAUCUUCUGGCUGAUCUUCAGUAUAAUGGGCGUCAACCUGUUUGCUGGAAAAUAUUAUCGAUGUAUCAACACCACCACAUCGGAACUUUUUGAUAUUUCUGUGGUGAACAAUCGUUCAGACUGCUUUGCUUUAAACAACACUGAAGAAGUGCGAUGGGUUAAUGUCAAAGUGAAUUUUGACAAUGUGGGUCUUGGAUACUUGUCCCUAUUGCAAGUGGCAACGUUUAAAGGUUGGAUGGAUAUUAUGUACGCGGCCGUGGACUCAAGAAAUAUUGAGGAUCAACCCGUGUAUGAAAUCAACCUGUACAUGUAUCUGUACUUUGUGAUCUUUAUCAUAUUUGGGGCCUUCUUCACUUUAAAUCUUUUCAUUGGUGUCAUCAUAGACAAUUUCAACCAGCAAAAGAAAAAGUUUGGAGGAAAAGAUAUCUUCAUGACUGAGGAACAGAAAAAAUACUACAACGCCAUGAAAAAACUGGGUUCAAAGAAGCCGGUGAAACCUAUUCCUAGACCAGAGAAUCCGGUCCAAGGAGUCGUGUUUGACUUUAUCUCCAAGCAAGCGUUUGACAUUGUGAUUAUGAUCCUGAUUUGCCUUAACAUGGUCACAAUGAUGAUCGAAACAGACGACCAAAGUCAGGAGAAAAUUAAUAUCCUCUUCCAAAUCAAUCUUGUGUUUAUCGUCAUCUUCACUACAGAGUGCGUCCUGAAAAUGUUUGCUCUUAGGUAUUACUUCUUCACCAUCGGAUGGAAUAUUUUUGACUUUGUAGUGGUCAUCCUUUCUAUAGCUGGUAUCGUCCUUUCAGACCUCAUAGCAGAGUACUUUGUGUCCCCCACACUUUUCAGAGUGAUCCGACUUGCAAGAAUUGGGAGGGUUCUUCGACUUAUCAAAGGAGCUAAAGGAAUCCGAACGCUGCUUUUUGCUCUCAUGAUGUCUCUUCCGGCCCUGUUCAAUAUUGGUUUGCUCUUGUUCUUAGUUAUGUUCAUCUACUCAAUAUUUGGUAUGUCUAACUUUGCCUAUGUGAAGAAGGAGUCCGGCAUUGAUGAUAUGUUCAAUUUUGAGACGUUCGGGAAUAGUAUUAUUUGUUUGUUUGAAAUUACUACAUCAGCUGGAUGGGAUGGACUUUUGAACCCAAUUCUAAACAGUGCCCCACCAGACUGUGACCCCCAUCAUGAGAACCCUGGAACACAUGUGCGUGGAAACUGUGGCAACCCAGCUGUGGGCAUUGUGUUCUUUUGUAGCUAUAUCAUCAUCUCCUUUUUGAUCGUAGUCAAUAUGUACAUUGCCAUCAUCCUGGAGAACUUUAACGUGGCCACAGAAGAAAGCAGUGAGCCCCUAUGUGAGGACGAUUUUGAAAUGUUUUAUGAAACUUGGGAGAAGUUCGAUCCUGAUGCAACUCAAUUUGUUGAAUACAGCAGAAUGUCAGACUUUGUAGAUACCUUACAAGAUCCGCUACGAAUUCCAAAACCCAACAAAAUUAAACUGAUCACUUUGGAUCUCCCUAUGGUGACUGGAGAUAAGAUACAUUGCUUGGACAUUUUGUUUGCAUUGACUAAAGAAGUGUUGGGAGACUCUGGAGAAAUGGAUGCUCUAAAAGCCUCAAUGGAAGAAAAAUUUAUGGCAGCCAACCCUUCCAAAGUGUCUUAUGAACCUAUCACUACCACUAUGAAAAGAAAACAGGAAGAAGUUUGUGCCAUCAAAAUCCAGAGGGCUUUCCGUAGGCACCUCCUGAAGCGUUCAGUAAAGCAAGCUUCCUAUGUGUAUCGUCACAGUCAGGAUUUAGACUCAACUAUUGAGGCCCCUCCAGAAACAGAAGGUUUAGUAGUUGACAGAAUAAACUCUGCUUAUGGACAAUAUCUUGAAGAUGGAGGAACCAAUGGAAUUCAGCCUCCUUAUCCAACUAACAGAUUUUCACGCAGCAGUGGACAUGAUGUAAGGGAAUAAGAUGUGUAGCUUUAUACUUGAAGAAAUUAGGAGAAGGCUUCCUCAGUACACUGGGCAGACAGCUUUAGCAUGUGCUUGAAGAAGAGUUGCCUCUAUGUAUUAAGACCCUGAAUAGUAGUAAAAUAUUUGGGGUGAUAGAACAGUUUACAUUAUAUACCACAUAUGUUCCUUCUAUUAAUGCAAUCCUCAUUCGAUUAAGCACUAAUAUUUUAAUAAUUUCCUUCCUUGAAUUUUAUAUCUAGCACAAACAUGACCUUCAUAUUUAUGCACCCUCAGGGACUUUGUAAAGGAAAUCUAAUUUAUUUUUAAUUUAUUAUUUUUAUAUGUAUUGAUAUUAUUGAGAGUUGCCAUAUGAUUAUAUACAGAAUUUUAUGGAACAAUGCUUGCCAAGGUAUGGCUGAUCAAGUCAUUGGUUUACCAUUCAAUAUCAAAUAAGAAAUACAUAGGGCAAAACUGAAACAAGAUUGGAAAACAAUUAAUAAGGUGAUAAGGCUAGUAAUGGAGGGUGCUUAAUAAAACUUAGGUUUUAUUGAUUCUUGAUAAAAUACAUAACAAAACAGUGAUCAUGUGUUUGAUGUCCCAUGGAUCAAUAGGCAAAUUCCAAUGGACACAGAUUAGACAGAUUAUCUUAAUGAUUGUAAGUAACUUACUGUUAAGAAGUAAAUAGUGGAUCAUGGCCCUGAGCGUGAUGUUAGGGUACACCCGCUCCGAAAAGGCAUCCCCCUAUAAAGUAUACAACGGUCCUCCCAAUUGCAAAUGCACUUGAUUUCUGGCAUUCAUGCCUUGCACUGUAUUGAUUAUGGGUUUUACACAACAUUUUGGCCUAAAGUACUUAGUUGCAUGAGCCACUGUGACAAAUCUGGCACAUUCUUAGACUGUUUAGUCUAGAAUUACACUGUCCUUUUGGGGACACUUUAAGGAAAUUAUGUUCAACAAUAGACAUUGACUUUACCUGUCACUAUGAAAAAGUAGUACAAUUAGAUGGCAUCAAGUUAUAGACCUUAUGGAGCUGAGCAGAAUGAGAUAUUUUUUGUAGACAUUGUAACUUAUGGAUUGAAAUUCUUGCUUGUUCUGGGUUUAGGAGUCCAGUGGGAAGUCUCACUCAAAGAUUGUCAGCCUUAUCCUAUAAGCAUUCUUACAGAUAAGGACCACCCACUAGACUCCUAAUCCAAAAUGAGCAAAGAAAUACAUGAACAAUAUAUUAGUUAUACUGAAUAUUUUCCCACAACACUAUAUAUCAAUCUGCACAGCUCUUCCUGCUGUAUAUCAUGAUGCUAGAUAUUAGACAGCUUGUUCAAUGGGACAUGUUUUCAUAUGAGAAGACUGUCAUGGUUACUGCACAACCUACCUACUCAAUCCCAAACUAUUUAUAUACAAUAUCAGCCCGAUUUAUGCUGUUAAUGCACACAGCCCCACCUACUGUCACUGAGCCUGUCUUCAUUUUUCCAUUCUUUCAGUAAUAAGCCUUGAUGUUGGUAUCAUACAAUGGAAACAAUGUGAGUGCCCAGAGCAUGAUUUCUGUAUUAUGACUGGUUUGAUAUUUUGGUGGGUGAGAUAAGCUGCUUUCCCUGCUGUGCAGCAUAGAAAAUAUAAUGCCGAUCUCCAGAUGGUUCUAGCUAUGUAUUAACAUAUUAUGGUAGUGGUGGGGAUAGGAACCCUAAUUUUUUUUAUUUAUUUUUUUUGCAUUUUAUUUUGUGGCAAUGCAGGGGAUUUGGAGCUCUGAGAUAGGAAAUACAUUGGACAUAAUUUUGAAUAAAUGAAACUUCUUAAAUGGUGAUUGUUCCAGUGCAAUAAGGCUAGGUUCACACUGUGGAAUUUCCGUCUGGAAUUCAGUUGAAAAUUCCGAUGGAGCAGAAUCCCAUUGCUGGCACUACAGAAUUUCAGCAGCGGACCUUCUAGCACUAAAAUUCUCCUGCCAAAAGAAUGUUCUUGUCCAAUCUUUAAGACCAAUCCACGCCACAGAUCUGGUCCUUGCGCCGACUAAUUU